CUAGGCAGUGCAUUACCUGCCUGCCUUGAAGCCAAAUAUGGACAAAACUAUGGAAAUCAUAAUUUUGACGUUAUUCCUCAUCUUGGGGGGAACCUUUGCGGCACCCGUGGAAAAUGGGAAACAUAUAUUUCGAGAUCCAAUUGCUCCUGGCUACGUGAAAUUUGGCGACAUGAUUUUACCCGAGAAUUUCACUCUGGACGGAAGAAAUGCAAUUCCCUACACGCAAUUUAGGUGGCCCCAGGGACAAGUACCUUACGUAAUUGAUUCAUCCGUUUCCAGCUACACAAACCUAAUCGGACAAGCCUUCCAAGAUUACCAUGCAAAAACGUGCAUCCGAUUUGUACCAAGAAGUAGUUUCCACAGGAACUAUAUCAGAAUCUUUGCUGGGCAGGGGUGCUACUCGUAUGUUGGGAUGAUAAAUCAAGGACAGCAACCAGUCAGUCUGGGGCUUGGGUGCAUGAUCAAGGGGACAAUAGUGCACGAACUCGGCCACGCGAUUGGUUUCUUCCACGAGCAGAACAGGUCGGACCGAGACGAUCAUUUGAUCAUUUACUGGAACAAUAUCCAACAAGACUGACAUGACCUUGAAGGAUUACACCGUUCUUCCCUCAACCGCCAUAAUUGCAGCUUCCAUCCCACUCCCGAACACGAUCUGCGCCGUGUACCAGACCCGGGGCCCUAUGUAUGCUUCAGCGUCCCUCGUGUUGUGGGAAGUGCAGGCGAUUGUUGUAAAUUGCGACGUACUUGGGACACCACCAACUUUUCGGACAGACCCUAUUUCUGCGCCAAGUUGGAAAUCUUGGACCACGUGAGUCCUCGAAGUGUAUUUGCCCGCCAAAUCACCAGCACGUGUUUGCUCGAGAAGCCUCCCCGAGAAGUUGACUGGAUGACGGCACCCAUCUAUCGGGGGCUACGGGCGACCAAUGGCCAAUCCUUUGUCGGGAGAAUAUUUCUAGCAAUGAGAUCGUUACCAAUGACAUCGUGAAAGAAAAGUACGGAUUGGCUGGAAGUUAGGGUUGUUAAUAUGUCAUUUGUCAUGACAUGUCGACAUGUCAUAAAUGUCAUAAAUGUCACAAAUGUCUGACAUUUAAAACAUCGUGUCAAUGUCAAUAUUUUUCAAUGUGUCAAUUUGUCAAAUGUCAUGACAUGUCGUGACACAUUGGCAUGGACAUUUUGGACAUUUAUGACAUUUACAAAAAAACCGCCCUCUACGAACGUACGUGGAACCACGGUAGCAGAAAUAUUUUCUACUUUCCAUUCUAACCAUCUGUUUUAUAAUAUUGAAAUCAACAAGUAAUUAUAUAUUUAUGUUCAAAAACUUGUUUUAAAACACCCAAAGUUUAUUGAAUUGUGUUUUUGGUUCAUCUCUCACUCGGUUGAAGUUACUCUUGUAGCAAGAGUGUGGCGACAAUUGUGACCCACAUAAUGAAGUCAUAAGGGAAGAGGCGAUAAGCAUGUUUCUAUGUAGUAAAAUAAUACUAACGAA